UGAAUGUGUGUCUCUGCAGCUGUUUGCACGUCUGGAGGCUCGUCGCAGUCUGAAAGAAAUCGAACCUCGUCUGUUUCCUGAAGAUGGCGGACCCGACCACGGUGAGGUGGUGGAGCUGUAUGGAACAGAGGGAACAGGUAAGACGGAGCUGCUGUACCACCUGCUGUGUCGCUGUGUGUUGCCGAAGGCUGCUGGCGGACUGGAGGUUGACGUUGUGUUUGUGGACACUGACUACAGUCUGGACAUGUUACGACUGGUCAGCAUCAUGGACAACAGACUGAACACAGCCCUCUCUACCAGCUCGCCCUCAGCCGAGUCAGAUGAGGAGGCGCUGCGUUCGUGUCUGUCUCGCCUCCUGGUAGUCCACUGCUCCUCCUCCUCCCAGCUCCUCCUCACCCUGCACUUCCUGGAGAACUCCUUCUCAUCUCGGCCUGGUCUGGCACUCCUCCUUUUUGACAGCAUCUCUGCUUUCUAUUGGCUGGAUCGCUGUGAGGGAGGGGCCAGCUUUGCCAAGCAGGAGGAGAAGCUCAGCAAAUGUUCAGAGCUGCUGGGCCGACUGCUCAGGGAUUACAGAAUCACUGUCUUUGCCACCUGCCACGCCACCAGGAGGAGCCACAGUCGACCCUCCUCGGACUCAGACAGACCAUACCUCUGUCGCCCCUGGCAACGACUGGUGACCCACCGGCUGCUGUGCACACGACAGGAGGCUCCAAAUAACGUGGCCACCACAGCAGGAAGCAGCGAGGAGCAGAGGAGGCGACAGGUCUUCACUGUCCACUGCACCUCCUGUGGGACCAAGGCUCCAAGGAGCAGCUCCUUCUACGUGACAGAUGGAGGAGUGGAGUUCACCUGAGUUUCUCCUGUCUUUCAUCAGUGGAGUUCAGAAGGGUUUGUAGAGAAGCAGGAGGAGUUGUAUUGAUUUUCUUCUCUGUUGAACUGAUCGAACCUGUUUACUGAAACUGAACCUGUGACUCAACAAGAUAAUAGAAUAAAAAAGAAAAUACCUGA